AUGGAGAACGCCCUCGGAGAUCUCAGAGACGAUAUAUGUAUUCCUUAUUUGGAUGACAUUAUUGUGUUUUCAAAUUCCUUUGCAGACCACAUUGAGCAUUUACGUAAAGUACUUCGAAGAUUGCGAAGCCAUGGAGUAAAAUUAAAGCCAUCAAAGUGCACUCUGUUCAAACGUGAGGUGUCCUUUUUAGGCAGAAUCGUCUCACAGAAUGGCUAUCGUAUGGACCCCAAAGCCACCAGUGCGGUGGAAGCCUGGAAGAACACUAAACCAGAACGGUUGGGGACAUCAGAAAAUUAAUGGGAUUCCUUGGUGUUUAUCGUAGACAUAUCAAAAACUUUGCUCAAAAAGCAAAACCAAUGUAUGAGCUCUUGAAAGGACAAUCUAGUUCAACCGGUCACGAGAAAGAAAAGGGAAAUCAGCACUAUCAGGAAAACGAAGCCAACUGUCAUCGCGUACAUCGGUGGAGUGGACUUUGAGGGGAGGUUACAUCCCCUCCUAUUCUAGCGUACCCGAAUUAUGCGUUUCCUUUCGUUGUUCACACCGACGCGUCACAGGAAGGCCUGGGGGCAGUCUUAUAUCAAGAGCAAAAUGGAAUCCUACGAGUUAUCGCAUAUGCAUCAAGAGCAUUAAGCCCUUCCGAGAAAAAUUACCAUUUGCACUCAGGGAAGCUGGAAUUUUUAGCCUUGAAAUGGGCGGUAACAGAACACUUCCGAGACUACCUAUAUUAUCCAAAGUUCCUGGUCUACACUGACAAUAAUCCCUUGACCUAUGUCCUUACCACCGCGAAAUUGAACAGUACGGGACUACGAUGGGUUGGCGAAUUAGCUGAAUUCAAUUUUGACAUUCGAUAUAGCCCUGGUCGGAUAAACACGGAUGCGGACUGUCUCUCGAGACCACCCUUAGAGAUACGCGAAUAUAUGACAAGCUGUAGCGAAGAGAUCUCUCUAGAAACCAUCCAAGCGACUAUUUCCUCUGUUCAAGCCCACGCAGCCGGUGAUGUAGUUUGGUUGACAGCUGUAACGGACGAGACUAAAGAAAUGGAAGCUGAUGAGCUGUUCGAGAGUACAACGUCAAGCAGGCUGAAAGUAAUCGACAUCCUCAAAGGCCAGCAGGAAGAUCCAACGAUCAAACGUGUUCUACAGUUUUGUAAGCUGUGUCAAAAGCCGAAAGUAACUGAUCUAACGAAAGUAACGCCGAGAACCGCCAA